AUGGUUGCCCCUACCGUUAAGCUGAACAGUGGUUUCGAGAUGCCCCUCGUGGGUUUCGGUCUCUGGAAGGUCAACAAUGACACUUGUGCCGACCAGAUCUACAACGCCAUUAAGGCUGGCUACCGCCUGUUUGAUGGUGCUUGCGAUUACGGCAACGAAGUCGAAGCCGGCCAGGGUGUGGCUCGUGCCAUCAAGGAUGGCCUCGUCAAGCGCGAGGAGCUCUUCAUCGUGUCUAAGCUCUGGAAUAGCUUCCACGAGGCCGACAAGGUCGAGCCCAUCGCUCGCAAGCAGCUCGCCGACUGGGGUGUCGACUACUUCGAUCUGUACAUUGUGCACUUCCCCAUUGCCCUGAAGUACCUCGAUCCCUCCGUGCGGUACCCACCAAGCUGGACCACCGCCGAGGGCAAGAUCGAGUUCGCUAACGCACCCAUCCACGAGACCUGGGGCGCCAUGGAAACCCUCGUCGACAAGAAGCUGGCCCGCAGCAUCGGUGUCAGCAACUUCAGCGCACAGCUGCUAAUGGAUCUGCUCCGUUACGCCCGUGUCCGCCCCGCUACCCUGCAGAUCGAGCACCACCCUUACCUCACACAAACCCGCCUGGUCAACUAUGCUCAGGAACAGGGUAUUGCUGUUACCGCUUACUCCUCCUUCGGUCCUCUGAGCUUCAUCGAGCUUGACCUUAAGCAUGCCAAGGAUACCCCGCUGCUCUUCGACCAUGCUACUAUCAACUCUAUCGCCAAGAAGCACAACCGUACCCCGGCCCAGGUGCUGCUCCGUUGGUCUACACAGCGUAACAUUGCUGUUAUCCCUAAGAGCAAUGAUCCUACUCGUCUCGCGCAGAACUUGCAGGUCACUGACUUCGACCUCGAGACCAGUGAGCUUGAGGCUAUCAGUGCAUUGGACAAGGGUCUUCGCUUCAAUGACCCCGUGGCUUACGGUCUCGGCAUUCCCAUUUUCUAA